UGGACCCUCUCCCCCUCUGUCAGCUUCCUCGUCGGUGCUCGCCGCCGCGUGCCCACGGGCGAACAGUGGCCGACAUGGCUUUAAUGGCGCUCGUCUCUUCCUCCUCGUGCCCCUGGCUCCGUCCACUGCCCACGCGUCCGCGGCUCCGGCCACGCGUCUACGGCGACACCAGCGCGACACCUCCCCCCUCGCCUAUUUAAGCCGUUCCCGGCCGCACCUCUCUUCACCAAUGGCCUCCUCCUCCUCCCAGUACCCCGCCCAGCCACUCCGGCGAGCUCGGGGAUCCCUCUAGCCCUCCCAUGGCCGCCACGGUCGCCGGCAUGCUCCUCCUAAAUUCGCUCAACCCGAGCUCUCCUUCUCCAUCCUGGCACCACCAUCGACCUCCUCUAGGCGCGGCGAGCCUGUCCAUACCCUCACUUCCUCCCCGGAGUGCUCAAGAGCGUGCUUGCCACAGCUGGCCGACGGCCUCCAUUGCGGGCGCCCACGCCACCGCAGCUCCGGCCUUCCCCGGCGUGCGCGGAUCCCCUGGGUGGAUGCGGGCCCCCUUCCCGAGUUCACCGGUGGUCGAAGCGCGGCAAAUGGUGGCCGGAGCCACCGGCAAACCUCGCCGGAGCCCGCUGCUCCCUCGGCCGCGCGUGGGCAAGAGCAGGAAGAAGACGACGACCCAGCCACCGGGCCCCACCUUCCAGCGGGCCCCGCAUAUUAGCGUCCCAGCCCGUCGACCCAGGUGCCACCGAAUUGGGCUUGUCCAGUGCAACAACAUUUGCCUUAAUGGGAAUGCCCUAAUGCAGUCUAUUGUCAUGCCUCUCACUGGUUCAUCCAACUAGAGAAGGUUAUGUGCGCGUGCUACCCUGACCCGGUAGAUGAUACGUCUCCAAUGUAUCUACUUUUCCUAACGUUUUUCCUCUUGUUUUGGACUCUAAUUUGCACGAUUUGAAUGAAACUAACCCCGGACUGACGCUGUUUUCAGCAGAACUACCAUGGUGUUGUUUUUGUGCAGAAAUAAAAAUUCGCGGAAUUGAACGAAACUUCGCAAAGAAUUUUUAUAUAAUAAAUAUUCUGGAGCCAAGACCUACCGGAGAAGGGCACCUGGGUGGGCACAACCCACCAGGGUGCGCCCCCCUCUCCUGGC